ACAGUUUGAAUAAUUUCAUUUUGCAAAAUGUGAUAAUAGUUCGCUGUUAAAAUAAUUUAAGUAACUAUUUAUAAUAUUCGUAUGUGUUCUACAUAUGAAUAAUUACGACUUCAUUGAAAAAUCAUUUUACGAUACACAAAAAACAAAUAUUGAUAAGAAAAUUACAAUACACAAAAAACGAAUAUUGAUAAAAAAAAUUACAAUACAUAUUUUUUAUAUGAAAAUAGGUAAGUAUUCUAAAUAAUUAAUAUAAGUUGAUACUGUUAUACAACAUAAUUGAGGUAAGUACAUAUUAUGUUGCAGAGUAUUAGUCAAACUUAUUAAUUUCAAUUUAUUACAUAUCAAUUUCUAAUGCACAUGUAAACAAUUUUGUCUAAAAUAAUUAUAAUUAGGCAUAGUAGUUAAUACUAUUUUAUAUUGUACAUAUAGAGAUAUAUAAAAGUUAGUUAUAUUAAAAUUAGUUUGUUUGAUCUCAAAGUUAUAUUAAAAGUUAUACUAAAAUUUAUAAUAUAUAAAUGAAGAAUGUGUGUGUGGUUCACACAAUGGAAUUUGAUCAGUUAUUUCAAGGACAAAUAACUUUCCAAUGAUGAUGUUGAAACAAUAUAUGUUUCUCCGAUUUGUUUUUAAGAUUUUAACUAAAUUUGGGCUAAAAAAAGUUAUUAAUGAUAAUUAUCGUUUAUUUGAGAUUUCUUAAUUUACUUCUUAAUCUUCAUAUUUGAUUCCUUUCAUUAUAAAGAACAAUUUAAAAGACUUAUUGAAAAAUAAGAAAAGAUAAGCAGAAUUCUCUUUUUUAAUCUCCUUUCUGAGAUUAGAAAAGAGAAGUACACUUUACAUGUAAAAAGAUCUAAGAAUAUAUAUAACGUACCUAUAGAUAAACUUAAAAUUAACAUUUCAAAUUUUCCGUUUCCCGCAAUGUUACGUGUCUUUUUCUCUUCUUCAAUUGCAACGAAAAAGAUAUGUGCAAGGAUAAACAUAAGAUACAAAGAUGAGAAAGUCCCUAUAAAUGAAAACGAAACCAAGCCUCGCGAAUUGCUGAUAUUUCUGAUGUAUGCGAUUUAUCGUGGUCUCCGCGAUCUCAGAACAGACAAUGCGUCUAAGAAGCUCGAUUCGAGUUCAGUAUCAAUCGAGUCGUCAGAUAGAACGACAGGCUUAUGAUGUUGUAACAAUAACACCGUCACAUUGAGUAGCACGGUCGUUCGUUCGAUGAAAUUGAUCGUAUUCGCACGUGAAUACGAUCGAGAAGUGAAGAACGGAGAGAAGAACAGUGAUCGAUUUUCUUUUCGAUAUUAUUAAGCUAUCGAUCGAUGAUGUAAUCGCGUAAAGCGCUAACCGAGAAGGAUGGAGAUGAACCAUUCGCAGGCCUCGAAUUCGCCACCGGCGAAAAAGAAAGUACAAAUGGAGAGGAUCAUCGAUAUGGAGGACGUAACGGUAUCGAUUCCGAAUAGUUCAAAGCGUACGACCAUGACUUCUCUGCUCUUAACACGAUGGUUGGCGUCGAAGAGCCCGCAUCAUACAGAAGUAGAGACAAAUUGGUCCUCCGAUGACCAAAGUUUGGACUACGGAACUCCGCCUCCUAUCGAAGAGCCACAUUGCUAUUCUAUGUGUGCCAGUGAGAGCUCUUGUACAGAGGAAAUAAAUUGCACCUUGCAGGUAAACAAAGAUAUAAUCAAGAAUCUAUUAGUGGAGCAUAUGAGACACAUCGGUGGUCGAUUGCAACUCCUUGACGAUCUGGAGGAGAAUAAAAUGGAUCUAAAGAAUCCUGAACAUUUCGUAAAAUACUAUAAACAACAAGAAGUAAACGCUUUGCUACUUCACGCCAGUUUCCUUGGUCGGAUAGACGCGAUUGCUGGAUUGCACAAGUGCGGAGCGGAUUUAAACCACUCGGAACAAGGACAAGGACUAACUCCGUUACACUUAUCUGCGUUCAGUAACUCUUUAGAGAGUGUACAAUAUUUGCUCGCUAACGGUGCCAACAUUCGUCUGGGACGAACUCAUACACCCUUUCAUUACGCUGCUUUUGGAAAUGCUUUUAAAGUAGCUCAAUAUUUCCUUCAGCUAGGCGUCAGUCAGGAAUCUCCUUGCGGAGAGGAGACCGUGUUACACACUGCGGCCAGAUCAAACGCUUACAACGUAUUAAAGCUACUGGCAUCUAAUAAUCAUACCUUGAAUAAUUUAGACUGUAAUGGGUACGCUGCUAUACACCACGUAGCGGACAGAGGAGAUCCAGCUGGCUUGUUGGUACUACUAGACGCAGGUUGCGAGCUAGAUCUGAUGACUAAAAAGGGCGACACUGCUCUACAUCUCGCAGCGGAGUCUAGUUGUGUGGAAAAUGUCGAUCUGUUGGUAGAAAAAGGUGCAAAUGUUCACUUGAAGAAUCAUAGAGAUCAGACAGCUUUACAUAUAGCUUCUCGAUCUCAUUCCUUGGAAUGCGUGGAAAUAUUGCUAAAGAAAGGUGGCUGUGAUCCUAAUAUCGAAGAUAGCGACGGAAGAACGCCUUUACAUCUCGCAUUAGGUAGAUCGUUGCUGGCUUAUGACGUGACGGAAUUGUUAAUAAUGUGGAAGGCAAAUAUCAAUAAAACCGAUAAAUACGGUUAUACACCGCUUCAUAUCGCUGCUCUGAACGAAUUGUCUCAGUGUGUGGAUAUCCUGAUACAGCAUGGAGCGGAUCUUAGCGCUAGAACGAAAGGCGGGACUAGCGCAUUAUCCAUUAUCUUACGUAAAACGCCGACUUCUUUGAACGUCUUUAAACAAAGAUUAGAUGCCUCGAUAACGCUUCACCAGCAUGGUUCAGCCACCGGAGAGGCGGAGCUUCGUCUCGACUUUCAUCCUCUGCUGAUGCACCAACAACAAGGCGAAAUAAGAUAUCUCGGGACAUUCGUGAAAGAAGGAUACAAAGAGAUUCUAGAACAUCCGCUCUGUCAGGCGUUUCUCCAUUUAAAAUGGCAGAAGAUCCGAAAGUAUUACGUGGGCAGGCUAGUCUUCUAUCUAUUUUACGUUCUCAUACUUACAGGAUGGGUAAUGACUGCUUUAGCGCAUAACUGUUACAAUGAGUCGCACGGUCAAUUAGACAACACUCAGCCACCAUUAUGUGCAAAUACCACUGGUAUCAACGGGUUUCUUUACAGGCACCCAGCUUUGCUCGAAAUGGAAUGGUAUGCAUUAAUGGUGCUCACGAUUCUCGAAGCAUUUCGCAAAUUGACCAGCAUUCCAACGUACCCCUCCGUCCGCCAGUUCUUCACGCAGGCCGAAAACAUGGUCGAAUGGUGCGUGAUCCUGAGCGUAUUUGCCACUUCUUUUAUCUAUACGGGCAGAACGUAUGCGUGGCAAAGCCACGUAGGUGCAUUCGCCGUGCUUUGCGGCUGGAGCAAUCUUAUGCUAAUGAUAGGACAAUUGCCAAUAUUCGGAGCGUACGUCGCGAUGUUUACCAGUGUUCAAGCACAAGUAUUCAAGCUUCUGUUAGCGUAUGCUUGUCUCUUAGUAGGCUUCACCGCAAGCUUCUGCGUGAUUUUUCCACGCUCGAAAUCGUUUAGCAGCCCUCACAUUGGUCUGAUCAAAGUUUUGGUCAUGAUGACCGGAGAGUUAAAUUUCGAGGACCUGUUUUUUCCUCGGGAAGAAGAUGGGAAAUCGAUCGAUUCAGGCGGUACCUCUUGGAUUCUACUCCAAGUUUCCGCACAGUUGUCAUUCGUGUUGUUUCUUCUGUUCGUUACUAUCGUGUUGAUGAAUCUACUGGUAGGCAUCGCAGUUCACGAUAUAAAAGGACUACAGAAAACGGCGGGACUUGCAAAACUCGUUCGCCAGACAAAGCUUAUUUGCGACGUCGAAACGGCGCUUUUUCUCGGACUGAUACCAAAACGACUAACGAAACUUUUACGAUGGACAGCUCUGCUGCUACCUUCACCCUUGAGAGCAGUUUUAACCGUUCGUCCCCUGAACCCGAGAGAGAGUAGAUUGCCUCGUGAUUUGUUAUCCGCUGCGCACAAGGUCGUGAAGGAUAGGAAAAAUAUGUCUGGAACAUUGUGCAGCAGGAAGAGCAACGCUACUGCAUAUACGUAUUUAAAAAGCGAGCCAUAUUCGACAUUUCGUCGACGUUCUCCGGAAGAAGACGUAUCCGUCGAUGAUUACUCGGUCAAAGGAGAUUUGGCAGAAUUGAAAAAGAUUUGCGAUAAAAAUCACCAACUUCUUCAGGAUGUCGUGAUGGCAUUAAUGAAUGACAAGCGCAUCGUUAACAAAGAAAAGGAUGAGAAUAAUUAAGUUUUUACUCUGAGAAUUCUUAGAAUCUUAAUAGCAAAGAUAUAUCGUGUGAAUAAUCUGAGGAAGCUUAAAUCACCCAAUCGACCUUAGAAAUGCAGGAAUUGCGCAUACGUACGUUUAGAAUUUUAAGAGUAAUCCUCAGGCCAUUUUAUAAUAUCAUAUUUUUCACAAUCUUGAAGAUUCGCUUAUAGAAGAUGACAAUUACGUGCUUUUAAUAUUCGGAUCAAUGUGUAUCGACUAUCGAGUCCUCUCUAAAAUUUUAUAAAACGAAACAUAAUGUUCUGGCAAUGACAGAGAAUGUAAAGUGGAAAAUACAAAUGAUUAAAACGAACGUGUGUAAUCAACAUUGAGGAUCGUUGAUUAAACAUAUGUUUUGCAUAUUUUUAAAGCAAAAUUCAUAAAGCGUCAUAUAUGGAGUGGAAACAUUAUAAUUUAACUACUAAAUUUGUUCCCUUCCUUUCUUUCCUGAAUUUUUAUAAUUCUCAUGGUUGGUGAUUUUAAAUCCUUUGCGUGUCAGGAAUGUCACGAAUUUGUGAUAAAAGUUGAAAAAGAAGCUUGAGAUGAAAUAUUUAAAUAAUAAUAUAACGAUUAUAUUUUGAUGUAUGGGUUUGUACCCAAUAUUUGUAAAAUAUUGUAUUACAACGCAUUAAAGUCCGUCCAUAUUAUGAACAAAACUAUAAAAAUACCUAGAAAUCAGAUAGAGAACUAACAGAAUAAGCUGAACACAACAAAGUAUUUUAAUACUAUUUAAUUUUAUACUUAUAAGAAUACCUUAAUUGUAUUAAAAAGUUGUGUAAAUAAGACCAUGUAAUAUAUAUUUUAGCUUUUUUUUUUAAUCUUAAUUUAUUACUUAUUAUACGAAAACAUGCAAAUAAAGUGAUUCUGAAAUA